AUGCCUGACUUGAUUAUUUGGUAUCUUCAGCUCAUUGAUGCGGUGGCCGGCGAAUUCAGCUCAGUCCCAAUCCUCGGCUUCUCCCAGACAGUGUCGCCUGCGACAAGGCCGCUUUUCCUGUCGGACCUGAGGAAAUUCCUGACGCAAGUGGGCUGUUUCUAUCUCAAAAAUAAUUCUGUUUCGGAACAGACGCUGCAAGGAGCCAAUAGCAGGCACUUUCUUGGAUACAACAGGUUGGGCGCGGAAAAGACUGCCGGAAUGGUGGACCAUAAAGAGUCGUUCACAAUUGGUCCUGAGCUUCCUACUCCGUCCCAAGAUGAGCCUAUAUACUACAACCUACGGGAUACUAAUAUGAUGUGGCCAGCCAGCAUGAUCUUUCUGUCCACUCUGUCUCUCCCAGUCCCCGAAUUCCGUAGCACAAUUGAAACCUACUAUUCGGCAAUGGAAAAGCAGGCAACCGAACUCACAGUUCUCAUUGCAGAAACACUGGACCUCAAUCCCACAGACAUGGCAUCACUCUUCGAUAACCCUCCACUCAAUGUAUUGAAAAUCCACAAAUAUCCACCGCCAUCUAUUCCGGUUCCUCUGAUCCCAGGCACUCUGGUAGCCAACGUGGGCCGUCUACUGGAGUCCUUAUCUCGUGGUGUCUGUAUUGCAUGCACACAUCGUGCAAGACUUGAAAGCGAGGGAUUCGUUAGUUCAGACGGGAAAUCCCUGGGCCCACGCUUCUCUCUGCCGUUCUUUCAGACCUUGGGCCUCGAUCUCACACAGGAAGACUUGUCUCUGGAUAUUCCACCCCAUAUCACGGAUCUAGUUAAAGAAGGUCAUAUCUGA